AUGGUUCUAGAGGCCACUAUGAUAGUAAUUGACAACUCCGAGUACAUGCGGAAUGGCGACUAUACCCCAACCCGUUUCCAGGCUCAAACAGAUGCGGUCUCAAUGAUCUUUAACCUCAAGACUCAGUCCAAUCCAGAAAAUACUGUCGGCCUCAUGAGUAUGGGCGGCAAUGGCCCUAAAGUUCUUGCCACACUCACCUCUGACUUUGGCAAAAUUCUGUCAGGUCUCCACGAAACUAAAAUCGAAGGCUCAUCCCAUCUGGCAACCGGUAUACAAGUUGCAGCGCUCGCGCUCAAGCACAGACAAAACAAAAUCCAACGCCAGCGCGUCAUUGUGUUUGUGGGCAGCCUGAUAGAAGACGACACAAAGGAGCUGGUGAAGCUCGCCAAGAAGAUGAAGAAGAACAAUGUCGCUGUGGAUUUUAUCAAUUUCGGUGAAGAGUCAGAAAAUACUGAGAAACUUGAAAAGUUCCGCGAGGGCGUCAACAGUAACGAUAAUAGCCACGUCGUCACCGUCCCCCCAGGCCCUCAUCUACUCGCCAACCAACUUACGGCUCUUUUUGUCGACUCAGAGUUUGGCGGCAGUCUUGGUGGUGCGAGCGGUCUUGGUGGCGCUGGUGAUCUCGGCGACGACUCUAUGGGCGGAAUCCUCGACCAAUUCGACCCCAAUGUCGACCCAGAACUCGCCCUGGCCCUGCGCAUGUCGCUGGAAGACGAAAAGGCUCGCCAGGAAAAAGUCAAAAGAGAACAGGCCGAAAAGGAAAAGGCUGAAAAAGAAGCUGAGGACCCUGCCACCACUUCUUCGGCUGGUCCCUCUGAAAAUACCAAAUCUGACAAGGACGAGCAGCCAAAGAAAGACAAGGAUGGCGAUGAUUUAAUGGAAUUGUAG